UAGGAGUUUGUACUUUACCUGCUGAAGGAGGAGGGAGGCGAAAGAUGAUGCUGAGCGUGUUGAAGUUUACGUGCGCCAUCGUGACCAGGGCGCUCUUUCUCUUCGUGUCGCUGGCGGGCGUCUGGCGGGUGACGUGGGUGAAGGGGAACAACAUCUUCUGGUUGCUCACGCUGCUCUUCUUGCCGCUCCUGUUGGAGAUGAUCGUCACCUUGAAGAGGAGGAAGGGACAAGAUUACAAAUGGUUUUCCCCUCCAAUCUUUCUUUUUCUUAUUAGUAUCAUUCCCUCCAUUUGGAUCCUGGAACUCCACUACCAGCAGGACAAAGCCAGCGACCCUAAGUGCAACAAGCUUAACUCUUGGGAGAAUGUGAAGAAAGUGAUCACUCCGAACGAAACCACAGGCACAAACCACACAUACCAGAACUACCUGGAGAACAUCAACCAGGCUUUGUGUUCCAAUGACUGGAUCCUCGCUCUUCAUCAGAUCUUGCUCAUCCUCCUCAUUGUGGGAAAGUGGCUCUUGCCCCUGGGUGGCGGCGUCACCAAAGACGAGCUCUCUCAGCUACUUUUGAUCUUCGUGGGCACUGCAGCGGAUAUCCUCGAAUUCACGAGCGAGACACUGUCAGAUGUCAAAGAGAACAGUCCUCAGUUGGUGUAUAUAAUCUUGGCCGUAUGGACAUGGAGCAUGCUGCAAUUUCCUCUACAUUUGGCAGUGGUGAACUCCAAAUCAGAUUCAGUAGACAACCAGGAUGUACAUGAGGCGUCCCUCCUGACCAAACACAGCACUGACAUUUGGAGUAUUGUGGAGGCCUUGUUUAUACAGGACGGGCCCUUCCUGAUGGUGCGCCUCACUGUCAUGACCUACUUCGACGUCUUCCACCAGAUGCUGGUCUUCUUUGCCAUCAAGAACUUUCUAGUAGUCAUUUUGAACGUGUACAGGCUGGCCGUCAUAUGCCAGGACUUCAGACUUUCCCGGAGUGGCACAGGUCUAGGCAGCAGCAUCCCGUAAUUAGGUGGAAUUUAUUGUGUUGGACAAAAGGGAAACCUUGAGUCAUUCUUAAGUGUAUUGAUUGGACGAUAAUACUUCCUGUGUCCAGCAAAGACAGUUCAUCAGGAUAAGCACUGUUUGUAACCAUGUUUUUACACACAAAUGACGCAUAUUGUCAAUGCUUGAUCCUUUCUGUUCCUAACCUCUCAGUACAGUUGAUCAAUGCUCAUUGAGUACUGUACUGGAGGAACAAGAAUUGUGAGAAAGCUGAAGAUACCAGAAGACAAACAGGAAAAGAGGAAGCGGGAGAGGAAAAGGGGGGUUUCUGAAAGUUUCUGGAUCCUUUUGAAAGUGUUUCAGCACAAAAAAAGUCAAAUAAAAAUAGUCCUCAAGCUCAGAUAAGAUAAAACUUUCCACCCCAGCUCUUGGAGUCUGACUAUGAAGGUCAGAAGACAUGGGAAAACAUCUUGUCUAUGAAGUGCUGGUAGAAUUGAACGAAGCCUUUGAACUCAGACAGGAAAGAAAAACAGAACGUACCCUACCGUAAACACUGGGUAGUUUUUUUUAUUUAUUCGCCGACUCAUACUGCUAACUCGUGUUUACAAAACAAUUAUCAAGCACUGAUAUAGUUACAUACAUGAUAGAAAACCCCAAAUAAGACUAAAAACACAUUCUGACAAAAUCCCACUGGGUAUGAACUGAAAAUGCCUUUUUUAGGUAAAGACAAAAGCUCUGUCCACAUGAGCCUUAUUUUAUUUUAUUUCUCUUGUUGCCUAAAAUUGCAGAGUUUAAUUGUUGCUAUUUUGUUACUUGGAGCAUGGAAUGAGUCCGAAGAUUGUCCUGAUUUAUGUAUCUAAAAAAAUAAAUAAUAAAAAAUUUCAUUCUGUAGUUAAUUCGGUAAAUUUUGUAAUAAUUACAUGCCUAAAUACAGCAAAGCGUGCGGUUUAUUCGUCAUGUUUGAUUAACGUCAAUGUUCUAGUAUUUAUACUAGUCGUAGUCGUCAGUUCUGACUCAAAAAUAGAUAUUUGUCGCCUCACUGUGGGCAAGAGAGUAGUAACACAUUUCUAAGGACAAUCUAUUGAGACUUCUCUCCUUAGGG